AUGACGGACGGCCAGCUGCGCAGUAAGCGGGAUGAGUUCUGGGACACUGCGCCCGCCUUCGAGGGCCGCAAGGAGAUCUGGGAUGCGCUCAGGGCCGCCGCCCAGGCCUUCGAGAGCAACGACCAUGAACUGGCCCAGGCCAUCAUCGACGGGGCCAGCAUAACAUUGCCACACGGUACGACACACACCACACACAUCUACUCCUUUAGUAGCUCUAUCCAUCUGCCCCCUCUCUUUGUUAGCCUGUAACAUAACACUGCCGUGAACUGGGCCAGCGUAACACUGCCACACGAUACGUCACACAUUCCAUAGACCACUGCCCUCUUUCAACACUAUCUGUCCCCUCACUGUUAUAGCAUAACACUGCCUCUCGGUAUGAAACACACACACCAUCUCUCUACAGCAGACAUGACACAUCUAUCAGCUCUAGCCCUCUGUCUGUCCUACGUCUGUCACGGUGAUUCAACACACACACAGCCCUCUUUUUCUGCACACCAUUCGUGUCAUACUUUUCUGACUAUUUUGAGAAAGUAUAAACUGGUUACGGCGUCUCAAAAUGGAUAAACAUUACUAUUGCUACUUUUUUCUCGUUUUUCAACCGAAGGUCUUUUAAGGGAGUAUGCAAGCAUAUUGUUCGGUUUAGGCGCCAGCCGAACUGAAGCAUGCUGACGCCGUAACACACACCUGACUGAUUUGUGGUGGCCAUUUUGGAGAGAGAAGUGCCGUGGGAUCUUUAGUGACCACAGGACCUCGGUUUAACAUCUCAUCCUAAGGACUCUGCAGGGCAGGGUCCCUGUCACUACGCUGGGGCAUUGGACACUCCUUAGAGUAGAGCAGAGGAAAGAGUGCCCCCUACUGGCUCUCCAACACAACCUUACUGUAUCUUCACAGGUGGUCUCGACUAGACCCAAUCCUGUUGAACUUCAGAGGAAUGCUGGCUGGGUGGUAUGCCGGUUGGCUUUUCUGAGUCUUUUUGAGUCCUUCCUCUCUCUGUCUCUUAUCUCAUCACACCAUUAAUUGUCUCCAUCUCGGUUUUGCUUCAGUCAGUUCUGUCAUCCAAUUUCUCUACAUGUGAGGCAGCAGGCCCCCGCUUGUAUAUACUUCCCUACCAGCUUAAGCUGUCAGUCCGUGGCCUGUGGAGAGGAAUAUUACAUAUAUUAUUGAAUCCCUCCUCCCAGACACAGACAGACAGACCGACACAUCCAUUCGUCCCCCUGCAGCCUUGCUGAUUGUGGGGCCGGCUGUUGAACAGAACCAAUUAGCUCUAUGAAGAUAGUCCAACUGUCCUGCUCUGAAGUUACACUGCUGCAGAGAGACAGGCCGGCCGGCCGGCAGGCUGGGAUACUGUAGAAUAGAUGGAAUGAGCCAUCUAGGUUAAGGUCAGCGUAGUAUUUGUUCAUAUUAGCCUGCCCUCUGCUCUCCUUCUCUUUGACUUCUGCUUUGAAGUCCUCUUUUCGAUCUCUCACCAAACACACUGCUAAAAGGUUUGUGUGGUGCCUGCCUUGGCUCUGGGAGUGGUUUGAGUGUGAGCCAUAGAGACAGCAGGGGAGAGUGGUUUGAUCUGUACUGUGGCAGACAGGGUGAGCUCACCUUUUUUAAGUCCAUGUACCAACAUAGAGCCCAGCGAGAAAGAGAAGGAGAGGGAUAGAGAGAAGAGUGUGUGAGAGAGAGAGGAGAGAAGGAUAGAGAGCAGAGUGUGAGAGAGGAGAUCAUGCCUGUAUCACAAGUGUUUGUUUUUAUGAGCCUUUAUGUCCGUUUGUUCUCGUUCACUGCUGUUGUGACCACACCUUCCCAUUAGCCCCUCCCCUUGCCACUCACAACAACAAAGAGGAGAGAUCACCUCUUCCUCUCUGACAAACGGUUUCAACUCGCUAUUUGCAUUUGCGGUUUGGUCCAACAGAAUCGGUCACACCUAAAGACAUUGAGACAUUAUUUUACUGUAAUAGAGGAGAAGGUAUCCUUUCUAACGAAACCCUUUUUAUGUCUCAAAUCACAGCAUUGCAGAGCAGCAUUUGAGCCAAAGACUGUUAUACUAGUCUCUGUUUUAUAAAUGUACAAUAAACACAAUUAUAUAAGGAAUUGGCAACUCGUUCUCAUUCUGAGAAAUAAGGUAGGCCACUUGAUUUCGACGUCUGAACAAAGUGGACAGGCUAGCAUGUUGUUCAAACAGUUGGUGACGGACAGAACGGUGUGUUCAUAACAAUUGAACUGCUCUGCCUUGUUAGCUAGCAAAUAGAUCGAAGUUCCAAGUUGGCUAAACUUGAAAUAUAAAGAUUAGCUGGUUACUCACUAGCAUGUGGGCUUGUGCUUCAGAGAUUGUUUAUGAGACCUGUGUUAAUUUUCUAUAAUGCCUGCUACAAGAAGUUAGUCAUUAUUAGUUAAUGUGCAUUAUGCAUGGUUCUGGUUACAUUUGUAACAAAAAUGGCAUUUUCAUAGACUGAUUGAAAGCCAGAUCAGUAAUUAUUGCAAAAAAAGCAGUAGCUGAACCUUCUCAAGCCUAGGUAUAAUGUCACAAGCCCUGAAUUCAUUACAUUAUUGUUGACAGUUUAAAAUAGUGUAUUUGACCUUUAAUUGUACAUUUAGAGAAAACAUGAAAAUAAUUGAGAUACUGUAUAUACAGUGCAUUUGGAAAGAAUUCAGACCCCUUGAUUUCCCUCCCACAUUUUGUUACAUUACAGCCUUAUUCUAAAAUGGAUGAAAUAAAAAAAUCUCAUCAAUCUACACACAAUACCCCAUAAUGACAAAGCGAAAACAGACCCUUUGCUAUGAGACUCGAAAUUGAGCUCUGGGUGCAUCCUUUCUAUUGAUCAUCCUUGAGAUGUUUCUAGAACUUGAUUGGAGUCCACCUGUGGUAAAUUCAAUUGAUUGGACAUGAUUUGGAAAGGCACACACCUGUCUAUAUAAGGUCCCACAGUUGUCAGUGCACGUCAGAGCAGAAACCAAGCCAUGAGGUUGAAGGAAUUGUCCGUAGAGCUCUGAGACAGGAUUGUGUCGAGGCACAGAUCUGGGGAAGGGUACAAAAAAAAUUAUACAGCAUUGUAGGUCCCCAAGAACACAGUGGCCUCCAUCAUUCUUAAAUGGAAGAAGUUUGGAACCACCAAGACUCUUCCUAGAGCUGGCCGCCCGGCCAAACUGAACAAUCGGGGGAGAAGGGCCUUGGUCAGGGAGGUGACCAAGAACCCGAUAGUCACUCUUACAGAGCUCCUGAGUUCCUCUGUGGAGAUGGGAAAACCUUCCAGAAGGACAACCAUCUCUGCAGCACUCCACCAAUCAGGCCUUUAUGGUAGAGUGGCCAGACGGAAGCCACUCCUCAGUAAAAGGCACAUGACAGCCCGCUUGGAGUUUGCCAAAAGGUACCUAAAGAUAUGAGAAACAAGAUUAUCUGGUCUGAUGAAACCAAGAUUGAACUCUUUGGCCUGAAUGCCAAGCGUCACAUCUGGAGGAAACCUGGCACCAUCCCUACGGUGAAGCAUGGUGGUGACACAAUCAUGCUGUGGGGAUAUUUUUCAGCGGCAGGGACUGGGAGACUAGUCAGGAUCGAGGGGAAAGAUGAACGGAGCAAAGUACAGAGAGAUCCUUGAUGAAAACGUGCUCCAGAGCGCUCAGGACCUCAGACUGGGGCUAAGUUUCACCUUCCAACAGGACAACGACCCUAAGCAUACAGCCAAGACAACGCAGGAGUGGCUUUGGGACAAGUCUCUGAAUGUCCUUGAGUGGCCCAGCCAGAGCCCGGACUUGAACCCGAUCGAACAUCUCUGGAGAGACCUGAAAACAGCUGUGCAGCGACGCUCCCCAUCCAACCUGACAGAGCUUGAGAGGAUCUGCAGAGAAGAAUGGGAGAAACUCUCCAAAUACAGGUGUGCCAAGCUUGUAGCGUCAUACCCAAGAAGACUCGAGGCUGUAAUCGCUGCCGAAGGUGCUUCAACAAAGUACUGAGGAAAGGGUCUGAAUACUUAUGUAAAUGUGAUAUUUACAUUUUUUUUUUUUAAUACAUUUGCAAAAAAAAUGUUUUGCUUUUUCAUUAUGGGGUAUUGUGUAUAGAUUAAUGAGGGGAAAAAAAUCAAUUUCAUCAAUUUUAGAAUAAGGCUGUAAUGUAACAAAAUAUGUAAAAAAUCAAGUGGUCUGAACACUUUCCGAUUGCACUGUAUUGUGAAUUGCUCAUAAGUUAGUAAACAUUGAGAUAUGGCCUAAAAAUCAUAUCUCCCAGCCCUAACACACACACACAUCUCUACAUGAGGCGAAAAAACACUGCCCCCACUUUGCAUGUUCUGUGUGUCAGGUUAUAUGACCAGAGAUACAACAUGGUUGAAGCUUUUAGAUGGUGUCUGGGAAGCUCUCAGCAAGGUUACCCACAGUACAAGAUUGCUGCCUUAUCGGAAAAUGGAUUUGGCCUGAGUUAUUGUAGACCUCCUCUCCUCUCCUGAGCCCAUUCUUUCCCACGGCCCCCGGUCGCUCCAAAAUACACUGAGACAUCCUUAUCUCUCCCGCCAAUCGUCUGCCAUUUUGGCUCAGACCGGGUUGGUGUAAAUUAGCCUUGUGUAUUCCCCCCCCCCUUGUCCAGAUUAGAGCCAGAUUAGCUGGGCUGGCUGGCUGCUGCGGUGCGGUGCUGUGGAGCUGCAGCUGUGGAUUCCUGAGGCCUGCGGUCAAUGUCUCCUGAGAGAGCAGGGGAAAACACACCCCUCUAUUACGCUGCACUCAAUGGCAGACAGUCAGGCAGGGAGGAAUCUCACAAACAGGUCUCUCCUUCUCUCUCUCUUCUCUCUCUGUCUCUCUCUCUUGGUCUCUCGCACACAAAGGAAAAUCAAUCACCAGGGUUCAAUCAAUGUAGAAUCUCUCCAUAUCAGCUCUCCUCUGGCAUCGCUGUCCGACCGCCAGGUUCAUAACCAUGUAGAUUCGGGCCUCCUUUGUCUUGUCAACAUACUUCUGUUACUACAGUAGCUUUCAACAUUUCUGACUGCUAGUUCAUAAACAUAAUACGGGUGAUGUGAUCAGUUUGAGAUAUGGGUUACAUGUUUGGUUAUGAGACAGUCAAUUGACAGUGUUCCAGUGUCAGUUUGCCGCUACUGUGCAUUUCUUUUAGAUCAUAAUGAAUAAGACUAUAUCGAUCCUAGAUCAGCACUCCCACUCUGAGAGGCUUUAUGGAUACGGGCCCUGAUCUACAAUGAGUGGAUGGAUUUCAGCUGGAACUACAAAGUCUUGUGAUUAUUAUAUGCCAGACAUGAUUCUGAGUUACACCUGAACACCUGAACAACCCAGCACCCCACCCCCCCUCCAUCCCUACUGUCUGACACUGAUGCCAAAAGGAGGCCUGGCUAUUUAGGGCAUGCUCAUGACCCCCGGAGAGAGAGGAGAGCGACAUGGUUGUUUUUGAAAGAGACUUCUCAUGUGUACAUUCUCCUACCAGGCAGGCAGGGAGACAGACGGACAGACCGCUAGCAGUGGCAUGUAUAUGUCUAGGUCAGGCUACGGCUCAGUGUUUUCUGUUGUCUGCAGUCCGUGUGAACCAGGAGGAGCCCAGGACACCAGCUGCCUGCUCUGCUCUAUCAUCCGCUCUGCUAUCGUCUGCUCUGACACCCCCUGGAGGAACGGAUGUGCAGCACACUGCGCUACAUCUCUAGGAGAGCGAUAGAGGGGUCUGGGCCCGAAGCUCUGACUCGGUCACUGUCGUUUCAGCACACAGACAUACAUUUGCUGUGAAGAAUAAGGGCUGAUAUGUUUUUUUGGGUGUGUAGUAACAGAUGGAAAUAUGACUUGGGCAAACCAGUUUGGCUAUUAAUUCCUAUGAGAAAAGUGUGUUAAAGUGAUCUAUUCCAGGUGUCGCAGCCACAGCUAGUGGUCUCUGCUUGUAAUUUGUAUCCCCUUUCCUGUAACUGAAUCAAAUUCACCAUGGCCUAAAGCCCCUCAUCUGUAACAUUUAAUAUCAAUCAUUCAGAAUGUAAAUAGUUGUGAGUAAUUCAGAGUGUUGUUGGAGGUUGUAAGGUGGGCGGACAGUAUGUGAGAGCUGAAAGUUGAGAGUAGAGUACUGUUUAUAGCAGCUAUACACACUCAGACAGGCUGUGAGACACUGCUAGCUGAAAGGUCAGCAGAACAGGUGUGUUACAGAGCACCUCACCACUAAAUACAGGACCCCCGCUGGGAGGCCACAGCACUGCCUGAUUAGAAACAGUCCUCCACUGCACCCUGCAUUCACACUAUGGCAAUUCCCUACUGCAUGCUGAGGUCACAUUAUAGCAGUCCCCCCACUACACAGGGCAUUCACGCUAUAGCAGCACUAGAAACUCCCCCCACAACACCAGAAACAGUCCCCCCCACUAAAGCACCAGAAACUGUUCCCACGCUGCAACAGUCCUCCCUUCUGUGGAGUCUAUCACAUUAUGAUAGAAUAAACAGUCCAGUUGUACAGGGAGCAUAAGACACAGCAACAAAAGAGACAUAUUCUACCUCAGGAAAAGAAAAAUAACAAGCUGUACAAGGCUAUAAACAAGCAAGAAAACAUCCAGAGGCUGCUGUUCUGGUUGCCAGCGAUUUUAAUUCUGCGUCACUAAGACACGUGAUGCCCAACUUCCAGCAACACGUCUCCAACGCCACUAGGGGCGAUAAAGUCCUAUACCCCUGUUAUUCUACACACAAGCAAGCAUACAAGGCCCUCCCUUGUCCGCCAUUCGGCAAAUCAGAUCAUGACUCCGUACUCCUGCUUCCUGUUCACAAGCAGAAACUCAUACAGGAAGUACCCAUGGCUCGCUCCAUUGAGAAAUGGUCACCAGAAUCAAAGAUGAUGCUACAGGACUGCUUUGCUAGCGCUGAUGGGAAUAUGUUUCGAGACUCCACUGAUAACAUUGACCUCAGUCACCAGCUUCAUUAGGAAAUGUAUCAGUGACGUUGUUCCCACGGUGAGGGUUUGCUGCUUCCCCAAUCAAAAGCCCUGGUUUAACACCGAGGUUGGCGCUAAAUUAAAGGACAGGGCUACCGCACACAGAGCUAUCAUAGACAACCCUGAGGCUACGGCCGAGGGCAGGAAUAAGUACAAGAAGUCCCGCUAUGACCUUCGCAGAGUCAUCAAACAAGCAAAAGGACAAUAUAGGAAUAAGGUCGAAUCCUGCCUGCUGCAUGUUGGGCUACAGUCCAUUACGGAUACAUUUUAUGCACGCUUUGACAACAACAACAUCGUGCCGGGUGUGAGGGCCGUCACCGACCCAGAGGAUUGGGUGAUCUCGCUCUACGAGGCUGAUGUGAAAAUGGUCUUUAAUCAGGUCAACACCCGCAAGGCAGAGGGGCCCGACGGUAUUCCAGGGCGCAUUCUCAGAGCAUGCGCAGAACAGCUGGCAGGCAUAUUCGCAGUAAUUUUCAACCUCUCCUUGUCCCAGUCUGUAAUUCCCACGUUUUAAGAUGACCACCAUCAUUCCUGUCCCCAAGAACUCUAAGGCUUCAUGCCACAAUGACUGCCAUCCUGUAGCACUCACUUCUGUAAUCAUGAAGUGCUUUGAGAGGCUGGUUAUGGCACACAUUAACUCCACCAUCCCAGACACCCUAGACCCACUCCAAUUUGCAUACCGACCCAACAGAUCCAUAGAUGACGCAAUCUCAAUUGCUCGCCACACUGUCCUCACCCACCUAGAUAAGAGGAAUACCUAUGUGAGAAUGCUGUUCAUUGACUACAGCUCAGCGUUCAACACCAUUGUCCCCUCCAAGCUCGUCACCAAGCUUAGAACACCUCCCUCUGCAACUGGAUCCUGGACUUCCUGGCGGGCCGACCCCAGGUGGUGAGGAUAGGCAACAUCACCUCCGUCACACUGACCCUGAACACAGGGGUGUGUGCUUAGUCCCCUCCUGACUCCCUGAUCACCCACGACUGCCACACACGACUCCAACACCCUCAUCAAGUUUGCUGACAACUCGAUGGUGGUAGGCCUGAUCACCGGCGACGAUGAGUCAGCCUACAGGGAGGAGGUCAGUGACCUGGCAGUGUGGUGCAAGAACACCAACCUCUCCCUCAACGUCAGCAAGACCAAGGAGCUGAUCGUGGUCUACAGUAAAUGGGGGGGGGGGAGCACACCCCCAUCCACAUCGACGGGGCUGCAGUGGAGCAGGUCGAGAGCUUCAAGUUCCUCGGUGUCCAAAUCACUAAAGACUUAAAAUGGCCCAAACACCCACGCACAGUCAUGAAGAAGGCACGACAGCACCUCUUCCCUCCUCAGGAGGUUGAAAAAGUUUGGCAUGGGCCCUCAAAUCCUCAAAAAGUUAUACAGCUGUACAAUUGAGAGCAUUUUGACAGGCUGCAUCACUGCCUGCUAUGGCAAUAGCACUGCCCUCGAUCGCAUGGCGCUACAGAAGGUGGUGCGGACAGCCCAGUACAUCACUGGGGCCGAGCUCCCUGCCAUCCACCACAUCUAUAUCAGGCGGUGGGUAGGAAGGCCCAGAAAAUAGUUAGACUCCAAGCCCAAGCCAUAGACCAUUCUCUCUGCUUCCACAAGGCAAGCGGUACCGGUUCAUCAAGUCUGGCACCAACAGGCACUUGAACAGCUUCUAUCCCCAAGCAAUAUACUGAUAAAUAGCUACACAGACUAUCUGAUUUUUUUCUUUGUCAUUAUGGGGAAUUGUGUGUAGUUUGAUGAGAAAAAAACCCCAAUUUGAUCCAUUUUAGAAUAAGGCUGUAACGUAACAGAAUGUGGAAGAAGUCAAGGGGUCUGAAUACUUUCCGAAUGCACUGUACAUUUAUGCUGACUGCACACACACACACCCACUCACAUACAAGCUGUUGCUGCUACUCUGUUUAUCUUCUAUCCUGUUGCCUAGUCACCUUACCCCUAUACAUGUCUACCUCCACUCCAGUAUCCCUGCACAUUGUAAAUAUGGUAUUUGAACUGACCCUGUAUAUACAGUGAGGGGAAAAAAGUAUUUGAUCCCCUGCUGAUUUUUGAGCUCUUUGGUCUUGGCCAUGGUGGAGAGUUUGGAAUCUGAUUGAUUGAUUGCUUCUGUGGACAGGUGUCUUUUAUACAGGUAACAAGAUUACAUUAGGAGCACUCCCUUUAAGAGUGUGCUCCUAAUCUCAGCUCGUUACCUGUAUAAAAGACACCUGGGAGCCAGAAAUCUUUCUGAUUGAGAGGGGGUCAAAUACUUAUUUCCCUCAUUAAAAUGCAAAUCAAUUUAUAACAUUUUUGACAUGCGUCUUUCUGGAUUUUGUUGUUGUUAUUCUGUCUCUCACUGUUCAAAUAAACCUACCAUUAAAAUUAUAGUCUGAUCAUGUCUUUGUCAGUGUGCAAACGUACAAAAUCAGCUGGGGAUCAAAUACUUUUUUCCCUCACUGUAGUAUGCUUACUUACUGAUUAUGUUCUUCUUAUUUCUCGUGUUUAUUUUUCUAGUAUUACAUUGUUAUUGAUUAUUGCAUUGUUGGGUUUUGAGUUUGCAAGAAAGGCAUUUCACUGUACUUGUGCAUGUGACAUUGAAAGUUGAAACGUAUUGAACCCUUCCCAGCUAGCACGUUUGGUUCCUUGGAAGUUGUGGGAACGUAUGUUUUUGGAUUCACGUUUGGUUUUGGGAACAAAACCAUACGUUUCCUGACCGGUAAAACUGAACGUUCUGAGAACAGAAGUGAAAAUGUUGCCUGUUCUGGGAACGUUUAUUUUUAGUUUGCAGGGAUAUUCUGAGAAUUCUUUACUCUGGUUCCUUUAAAGUUUUAUUAAUGCUCUGAGAACGGAAAUUAUAGGUUAUUUUGAGUUUUUUUUAAUAACUUAACUUUCACUGAAUGUUUCAAGACUUUUAAAGACAUGCUCCGGAACAUUGGCGACUACAAAGUAUUUUUUUAAACCUCCCGCUUUGGGCUGGAUGUGUCAAUGUGGAGUUCAUGCAUGCAUAAUCUAUGAGCAGAAAUACUGUUUGACCUCAAUUAGCCACAAAAUCCCUAGUUUGAAGCGACUUUCUCUGGAAUCUGCGCCAUUUACCCUACAUUUUCCCCCACGUGGGCCAGCCCCCUAGCAAUUCAAAUUCAACCAAUCAGCUUCAGCCGCUCGCCAUAUGAGUGACACCUAGCAAGAUGAACAUGAUGCACACACAGCAGAGCGAGAGCAAUGGCGUGGUGCUCAUAACUGCACAUAUGUGACCUAGUCGCAAUUUUCAGGGACCACUUUUGGCUCGUGAACGCUACUUUCAGAACAACUGGCUAAAAAGUUUACAAAUGUACAGAGAAUCUCUUUUUAAUAACACUGCUAGCUUAUUUUGGGUUAACUAUUGUGAACUCCAAGCUCAUAUAGGACACAUGGAAAUUAAUUUCCUUAGGCAGUAAUCAUUCCUUAGGCACAAUCAAAUAAAUUGCUGGUCAGACUCCCUCUAGUCAUUUGUGUGUCUUAAUUAUUUAAUCAAACUGUGUGCUUAAAGCAUCAGACAAGCUCAGUGAAUAUAGUUGAUUAAAACACAUAGGAUGUGUCAAUAUAUGGGAAAAUACACGUUUAAACAUAAAAUAGAACCAUGAGGAAACCUGUAGAAAACGUUAUACUGAAUUACUGAAAUUCCCACAGAAGAACGUUGUUUCUUAACAUUCUCUGAACUAUUUGAACAUUCCCAAUGUCAAACCAGUUGGAGAACGUUCCUAGAACAUUACCAACAUUUAACGUAAAUGUAACCAUGUUUGAACUUUUAGGAAACGUUCUGUUCAAGUAAUGAAAUACCAAGCAACUAUCCUACACCAUUCCCAGAAAGUUGUGGGUAAGGUUGUAUGCAAAAUAACCAUAGGACAACCACACUCUCACCAAGCUCUAAGAAACAAAUGGUUCUCAGAACGUUAUGUGCUAGCUGGGUUCAUACAUCGCUGUUCCUCACUUCUCCUGUGGCCUGGUCUCCCUGUGUCCUAAAUGGUACCCUGUUCUCUACAUCAGGGUUCCCCAACUGGCGGCCCGCUUGCCGAAUUUGGCCCGCGGUUAGAUUUAUUUGCCCCCCAUUGUUGGACAUAAAAGACUGUAAAAACACCAGGAAAUCAGCUCCAAGUGAUUUUAAUUUAAGAAAUCGGUUCCCAAGUAUUCCCAUGCAUAGUAGAUGUGAUCGGAUACAAAUGUAAGCAAUGUUUGAAAUGAUUGUUUUAGUCAAACUUUAAAUCUGUUUGGGCUUCUUGCUGUCAAGUUGCAGUCUACAAAUUAUUUGUAAUUAUGUUCCUGCCCCCCGACCAUCCCCUCAAGGAAAAAAUCGGCCCGCGACUGAAUCUAGUUGAUGAUCCCUGCUCUACAUUGGGCUCUGGUAAAAUACAUUGCACUAUGGGCCCUAGUGCACUAAAUAGGGAAUCAUUUGAGACGUAGACAUGGAGCUGGUUUGGAAUGAGAAGUGUCAGUGCUGCUGUAGCUAUAGCAUAACCGGUCCAUGAAGACUUCAUCGAGUUACAGGACUGUAACAUGCAGUCAUUAGGUCUGUACAAGCUGAAGACUCCAUUCAAUAGCUCUGAAAUAUCACACAUUACACUUGGAAAGGGCCAGUUUUCCUGUGUCAUUUCAUAAGCAGCACCAAUGUGUCUAAAGAGGAUUAAGAAGCUCCCCUCCUGUUCUGUCAGCGCUGCUCUUGUUCACAGUCAGUGGGCCUGUGAGAGAGAGAGAACACUACUGUGGGAAUCGUGUGCCCCUGAAUGCUGCUCCUUUACACUCAAGUGAACAUUAAAGGGGCAUCUCAAAGACAGGCCAGCACUGCCUCUACGUCUGAUGCAUGGUGGUAAUUGAGCGGGCCUGUAAGGCUUCGGCUGGCGUUUUGAUGGGCCAAUCGUUCCCAGCCAUCUGGUGUCAUUGAGGAGCUGUUGUAGCGCUGAGUGUAAUGGCUCUGGUGGGAGGCUCUUUAGGAUGCUUUCCAGAGGGGGGGGUUUAUUAAAGAGAGAAGGAGUGUGUGUGUGUGUGUGUGUGUGUGUCACACAGUGUGUGCGUUUGUUUACCAGCUCAUAGAAGUAAUAGUAGAAGAAGACCUUUUACUAUAAAAUGGAGAUGGCCUCAAUGGCGCUGGCCAUGCUCACAGAUGCCAUAAUGGGACAGAUACAAUGUUGCAUCCUCUAACUAUAAAUGUAUGUCUAUUACUGACUCAUCUCUCCCUGCCUCCACUCAUCUCCAUUUAUCUAUUAUCUAUCUUUCUAUACUGAACAAAAAUAUCAACGCAACAUGUGAAGUGUCAGUCCCAUGUUUCAUGAGCUGAAAUAAAAGAUCCCAUAAAUGUUCCAUACACACAAAAAGCUUAUUUCUCUCAACUUUUGUGCACAAAUUUGUUUGCAUCGCUGUUAGUGAGCAUUUCUCCUUUGCCAAGAUAAUCCAUCCAACUGACAAGUGUGGCAUAUCAAGAAGCUGAUUAAACAGCAUGAUCAUUACACAGGUGCACCUUGUUAUGGUGACAAUAAAAGCCACUGUAAAAUGUGCAGUUUUGUCACACAACACAAUGCCACAGAUGUCUCAAAUUUUGAGGGAGCAUGCUGACUGCAGGAAUGUCCACCAGAGCUGUUGCCAGAGAAUUGAAUGUUCAUUUCUCUACCAUAAGCUACCUCCAACGUCGUUUAGAGAAUUUGGCAGUACUUCCAACAGUCCUCACAACCGCAGAAUACGUGUAACCACACCAGCCCAGGACCUCCACAUCCGGCUUCUUCACCUGCAGGAUCGUCUGAGACCAGCCCCCCGGACAACUGAAAAAAGUGUGGGUUUGCACAACUGAAGAAGUUCUGCACAAACUGUCAGAAACCGUUUCUGGGAAGCUCAUCUGCGUGCUCGUCGUCCUCACCAGGGUCUUGACCUGACUGCAGUUUGGCGUUGUAACCGACUUCAGUGGGCAAAUGCUCACCUUCGAAGGCCACUGGCAUGAUGGAGAAGUGUGCUCUUCACAGAUUAAUCCCGGUUUCAACUGUACCAGGUAGAUGGCAGACUGCUGAUGUCAACGUUGUGAACAGAGUGCCCCGUGGUGGUGGUGGGGUUAUGGUAUGGGCAGGCAUAUGCUACGGACAACAAACACAAUUGCAUUUUAUCGAUGGCUAUUUAAAUGCACAGAGAUACUGUGACGAGAUCCUGAGGCUCAUUUUCAUGCCAUUCAUCCGCCGCCAUCACCUCAUGUCGCAAGGAUGUGUACACAAUUCUUGGAAGCUGAAAAUGUCCCAGUUCUUCCAUGGCCUGCAUACUCACCAGACAUGUCACCCAUUGAGCAUGUUUGGGAUGCUCUGGAUUGACGUGUACGACAGCGUGUUCCAUUUACCGGCAAUAUCCAACAACUUCGCACAGCCAUUGAAGAGGAGUGGGACAACAUUCCACAAUCCACAAUCAACAGCCUGAUCAACUCUAUGUGAAGCAGAUGUUGCGCUGCACGAGGCAAAUGAUGGUCACAUCAGACACUGACUGGUUUUCUGAGCCAUGGCCUUACAUUUUUUUUGUAUUGGUGAUCAACAGAUGCAUAUCUGUAUUCUCAGUCAUAUGAAAUCCAUAGAUUAGGGCCUAAUUCUAAUAUUUCAAUUUAAUGAUUUCCUUGUAUGAACUGUAACUCAGUAAGAUCUUUGAAAUUGUUGCAUGUUGCGUUUAUAUUUUGUUUAGUAUGUAUGUAUGUACAGUGGGGAGAAAAAGUAUUUGAUACACUGCCGAUUUUGCAGGUUGUCCUACUUACAAAGCAUGUAGAGGUCUGUAAUUUUUAUCAUAGGUACACUUCAACUGUGAGAGACGGAAUCUAAAACGAAAAUCACAUUGUAUAAUUUUUAAGUAAUUAAUUUGCAUUUUAUUGCAUGACAUAAGUAUUUGAUCACCUACCAACCAGUAAGAAUUCCGACUCUCACGGAACUGUUAGUUUUUCUUUAAGAAGCCCUCCUGUUCUCCACUCAUUACCUGUAUUAACUGCACCUGUUUGAACUCGUUACCUGUAUAAAAGACACCUGUCCACACUCUAUCAAACAGACUCCAACCUCUCCACAAUGGCCAAGACCAGAGAGCUGUGUAAGGACAUCAUGGAUAAAAAAUUGUAGACCUGCACAAGGCUGGGAUGGGCUACAGGACAAUAGGCAAGCAGCUUGGUGAGAAGGCAACAACUGUUGGCACAAUUAUUAGAAAAUGGAAGAAGUUCAAGAUGACGGUCAAUCACCCUCGGUCUGGGGCUCCAUGCAAGAUCUCACCUCGUGGGGCAUCAAUGAUCAUGAGGAAGGUGAGGGAUCAGCACAGAACUACACGGCAGGACCUGGUCAAUGACCUGAAGAGAGCUGGGACCACAGUCUCAAAGAAAACCAUUAGUAACACACUACGCCGUCAUGGAUUAAAAUCCUGCAGCGCACGCAAGGUCCCCCUGCUCAAGCCAGCGCAUGUCCAGGCCCGUCUGAAGUUUGCCAAUGACCAUCUGGAUGAUCCAGAGGAGGAAUGGGAGAAGGUAAUGUAGUCUGAUGAGACAAAAAUAUAGCUUUUUGGUCUAAACUCCACUCGCCGUGUUUGGAGGAAGAAGGAUGAGUACAACCCCAAGAACACCAUCCCAACCGUGAAGCAUGGAGGUGGAAACAUCAUUCUUUGGGGAUGCUUUUCUGCAAAGGGGACAGGACGACUGCACCGUAUUAAGGGGAGGAUGGAUCGCAGUAAGAGCAUUAAAGAUGGGUCGUGGCUGGGUCUUCCAGCAUGACAACGACCUGAAACACACAGCCAGGGCAACUAAGGAGUGGCUCCGUAAGAAGCAUCUCAAGGUCCUGGAGUGGCCUAGCCAGUCUCCAGACCUGAACCCAAUAGAAAAUCUUUGGAGGGAGCUGAAAGUCCGUAUUGCCCAGCGACAGCCCCGAAACCUGAAGGAUCUGGAGAAGGUCUGUAUGGAGGAGUGGGCCAAAAUCCCUGCUGCAGUGUGUGCAAACCUGGUCAAGACCUACAGGAAACGUAUGAUCUCUGUAAUUGCAAACAAAGGUUUCUGUACCAAAUAUUAAGUUCUGCUUUUCUGAUGUAUCAAAUACUUAUGUUGUGCAAUAAAAUGCAAAUUAAUUACUUAAAAAUCAUACAAUGUGAUUUUCUAGAUUUUUGUUUUAGAUUCCGUCUCUCACAGUUGAAGUGUACCUAUGAUAAAAAUUACAGACCUCUACAUGCUUUGUAAAUAGGAAAACCUGCAAAAUCGGCAGUGUAUCAAAUACUUGUUCUCCCCACUGUAUGUAUGUAUGUAUGUAUGUAUGUAUGUAUGUAUGUAUGUAUGUAUGUAUGUAUGUAUGUAUGUAUGUAUGUAUGUAUGUAUGUAUGUAUGUAUGUAUGUAUGUAUGUAUGUAUGUAUGUAUGUAUGUAUGUAUGUAUGUAUGUACAGUGCUAUGAAAAAGUAUUUGCCCCCUUUCUAAUUUUAUCUACUUUUGCAUAUUUGUGAUAUUGAAUGUUAUCAGAUCUUCAACCAAAACCUAAUAUUAGAUAAAGGGAACAUAAGUGAAUAAAUAACACAACAAUUACAUAUUUAUUUCAUAAACAAAGUUAUGCAACACCCAAUUCCCCUGUGUGAAAAAGUAAUUGCCCCCUUACACUCAAUAAAUGGUUGUGCCACCUUUAGCUGCAAUGACUCCAACCAAAUGCUUCCUGUAGUUGUUGAUCAGUCUCUCACGUCGCUGUGGAGGAAUUUUGGCCCACUCUUCCAUGAACUUAAAGAACUGCUUUAACUCAGUGACGUGUGGGUUUUCAAGCAUGAACUGCUUGUUUCAAGUCCUGCCACAACAACUCAAUUGGGAUUAGGUCUGGAAUUUGACUAGGCCAUUCCAAAACUUCCAAUUUUAUCAAUUUUCAUGUAGACUUGAUUGUGUGUUUUGGAUCAUUGUCUUGCUGCAUGACCCAGCUGCGCUUCAGCUUCAGCUCACAGACGGAUGGUCUGACAUUCUCCUGUAGAAUUCUCUGAUACAGAGCAGAAUUCAUGGUUCCUUCAUUUAAGGCAAGUCGUCCAGGUCCUGAGGCAGCAAAGCAUCCCCAAACCAUCACACCCCCACCACCAUGCUUGACCUUUGAUAUGAUGUUCUUACUGUGGAAUGCAGUGUUUGGUUUUCGCCAGGCAUAAUGGGACUCAUCUUGUCCCAUUUGCUAAGGGGACAGGACAACUUCACCGCAUCAAAGGGACGAUGGACGGGGCCAUGUACCGUCAAAUCUUGGGUGAGAACCUCCUUCCCUCAGCCAGGGCAUUGAAAAUGGGUCGUGGUUGGGUAUUCCAGCAUGACAAUGACCCAAAACACACGGCCAAGGCAACAAAGGAGUGGCUCAAGAAGAAGCACAUGAAGGUCCUGGAGUGGCCUAGCCAGUCUCCAGACCUUAAUCCUAUAGAAAAUCUGUGGAGGGAGCUGAAGGUUCGAGUUGCCAUACGUCAGGCUCGAAACCUUAAUGGCUUGGAGAAGAUCUGCAAAGAGGAGUGGGACAAAAUCCCUCCUGAGAUGUGUGCAAACCUGGUGGCCAACUACAAGAAACGUCUGACCUCUGUGAUUGCCAACAAGGGUUUUGCCACCAAGUACUAAGUCAUGUUUUGCAGAGGGGUCAAAUACUUAUUUCCCUCAUUAAAAUGCAAAUCAAUUUAUAACAUUUUUGACAUGCGUUUUUCUGGAUUUUUUUGUUGUUAUUCUGUCUCUCACUGUUCAAAUAAACCUACCAUUUAAAAUUAUAGACUGAUCAUGUCUUUGUCAGUGGGCAAACGUACAAAAUCAGCAGGGGAUCAAAUACUUUUUUCCCUCACUGUAGUUCCCAGUUGUCUUGAGAUUUCCCAGUCCCGAGUUUCCAGUUUUGAACCCGGCAGAAGUCAUGCAGGAUUGACAGCAUGGCCAAUGUAUUCAACCUUUUCUGGCCCAUGGUGUUGCUUGUGAAUGUUUAUCCUUUUAAGCUUGGAAAAGAGACCCUUAAACCCAGACUUGGACCACACACCCUCUCCACCGAAUAUCAGGCAGGGGAAGCAAAAUAUUGAUUGUUUUGCAAUGCUUGCAGUUAGCCACUGAUUCCUUCCAAACCACUCAUUGUUGAAUUAGUGAUUUCCAACUUGUUGUGUAAUGUUUAUGUCCAAUGGCCGAAGAGCACCGAUACGUUUUAUCUAUCAUUUCUCUUCAUAUGAAAAGGAUUUGCCAGUAGAUUGUUGACGUGAUACAUGAUGAUGACUGCUUGUCUAGCUUGCUAGCUAAGAAUUUGAAAGUAUGACGACAUGAUCAGUCCAAUCAAAGCUACGGUAGAUAUAAUGUGAUUUGAUGUCAUUUUAUCUGUGGCCAAUGACCUUGAGCCUUCUUAGAUGGGCACUUCUAUUGUAAAUCAAUGGCAGCACCCAAGGGGGCUUGAACUUUCUAGGUCUCCCUGUAGAUUUUGCGGGGACGUAGUGUCCCCAUGAGUGACAGAACACUGAGCCAAUCAAGGCGCAACUAGAGAAAAUUACCAACCCCUACGCUCUGUAUUUUCCACUGGCUGCCCCUCCACCACAGAAAGCACUGAGCUAGGCUGAAAUACCUGCAUUUUGGAGCUCCCUUAUUCAAGAAAGCAAAAAAGAGACCGUGUUUGUAUGCAGCUUUAUUAACUAUUUGUAUUAUUAUUUUUUACAUUGUUUGCAAACUGAUAUGUGACACAUUAAUGCCAAAAUAACAUGCAAAACAGGCAACACAUUAUUUUAUUUAUUUGUAUCUAAACAGGUGGGGCUCUGCCCUGAAUUACGGGUCGACACUGCACAGCACAGCGACAGAGGAGGCAGGCUGUUUGAAUGUGAUUUGCAUCUAGAGUGGAUAGUGUUGUCAGAAAUCACACAGCGCGAUAAAGAAACUGCUGAACACUGUAUUGUUGUGCUUCUGCCUGUCAUUGACUGCUUGCUGAGGAGAAAGCCAUGCGUCACUCAAUGCCCUCUCACUCAGCCCCUCGCACACUCCUCACAAACACUCUUGAGUGACAGAACUGGGGUGCUGACCGUAUUACACCCCCUCCAAUCAUUGAAAACACAACUCCUACAAACACUUCACCCUCCUCAAGAUUGCUCUUUCCUUUCAAUCCUUUUGCUUUCAUUCUCUCUACCUACCGCUACCUCUCUGUCUCUCCCUCUCUCACUCAUAUGAAGUACUCCUAUGAUAAGAGCUGUUGAGAGGAGAAAGCCAGUACUUGAUGAUCCUCAUCAAAUCAACAUGCUAUUAAGACGCAUUGUGGAUACAGCAUCGUUGUCAUCAGCAUUGUUGCAUGUGCUGCAUUAACCAUGCAAACUGAACACAAGUGUCUCGGGGUCGAGCACAGGGUUGCCAGGUCUAGCUAAAAAUUCUAGACCAAUGACCACUGAAAACCUGCCCAAAAGCCCUGAAAGCCAGGCCAAAUUAGUUUUUUUACAGAGGAGAGGAGUUGCCACAUUUAUACAAUAAACCCUUUUCCUUUAACGUUAUCAAGCCAGUUAAGAAAGAAGCAAAAUUUGGUUUAUAUCAAAAGGAUAAUUAUUGCGAGUUAUGACAUGACGUAAUAAAGGAAUUUGAAUAUGUCGCAAGAGAAAAUAUAAUUUGCCCUUAUUAAACUCACCAGAUCAUUUUCCAUCAAUGGAUGUUGAAUUAACUCGUUUGACUGAAAUGAUUAAACAAUGAGGCACAAGGGGGUAUGGUAAAUGGCCAAUAUACCACAGCUAAGGGCUGUUCUUAAGUAUGACGCAACACAGAGUGCCUGGAUACAGCAGUUAGCCGUGGCAUAUUGGCUAUAUACCACAAACCCCGAGGUGCCUUAUUGCUAUUAUAAACUGGUUACCAACGUAAUUAGAACAGUAAAAAGUACUUUUUUUGUCAUGCAUAUACCAUUCAGCCAAUCAGCAUUCAGGGCUCAAACCAGGUUUAUAAUUGUAAAUAAAUAUAUUUUGCGCAUGUGCAUAACUAUAGAAAAACCCGACAGGAGAGUUUGAGUGAUUAAAGUUGGACAGAGGAUCUUAAUCUCUAAGCAAGAAACACUUGGACAAACUUUAAAAAACUAAUGCUAGGCUAUUUUGUGGCAAUUGUGCUGUUAUUAUGUGCCAGAUGUUAAGACUACAAACUGUUAUAAAUGGCCCAUUUGCUAGAUUGACUUGUCAUUUCAAUAGGCGUAGGCUACAGACUAAAAUCUGGGUUUAUGAUUGCAACUUUGCCAUGGUUUGCUUGGAUAAAGGCAGGUAGUCGAUAGGCCUACAUCUCAUUUCAGAUAGUCUACGGUAGCCUAGACAAGAUGUAAACUGAACAAUUUAGCAGCUUGCUUAGUUCAAGUUGAGAGACUAAUUUAUUCAACAUGAAUAGCGAAGCGAUUUCUAGGUAAGAAGUGCUUGUGUUUCCCAAUAGCCUGCUGGAAUAGGCUACUGAGGUUGGGGUCAUAAUUUCAAUCACUGAAUUAAAUAUGAAUAAUAUGUAUAUGAACUGAAAAUGCUUGUCAACAACAACCAGUGUUUAUAUCUUUUUUUAAAUGUUUUACCUGUAGGCUAAUCUGACUAGUUACGUAAAUCUAAUGCAUUCUAACAACUGAUCGGCAAUUGCGAUAGAGCUUUGAUACCAAUGUAAUUAACUAAACAGGUCCAUUAUUAAUUACAUAAUAACACAAGGCUACAACAACAAUAAACUGAAGUUAAAGGCUAUUUAUUAAAUCAUUUUGCCAGCUCCAGGUAGGCUACACAAGUCGCACAAAUUGAUUUGCAAUGACUCCAGUAAUAUCGUCCUUUCAACAUAUUUAUUGUAUGAAAUGGAAGCCUACAGUGGCCUACAAUGGCAAAUAAAUGAAUAGGCUACUUGAUGGCCAACAGAAGCAAAUGUAUCAUUGUUCACAUUUUAAUGUCAGUUUCAUUGAGGACUUUCCCACCAUAAAAAGAACCACGCGAGGGAGUUCCAUAACUUCCAUUUCAAAUUUCCCAAUAACUGAGGAUGCGUAAAACACUUAACUUAAUACAGUUUGCUUCUUUCAGCAAAGUCUACAUUAGAAUGCCGUUUAAACCACCUCCGGGCGAAUUUAUGUAAUGCGCCCAAAGUCGUUUAACAUUGCUUUGUCGCCAUUAUUUAUUGAUGUGCAUCAGUUCUAGCAUGUUAAUGUUUUAUGGAAAAAGGGUUGGAAAUAUGUUCCAUAAUGACAAUCUACAGUGCAUUCGGAAAGUAUUCAGACCCCUUGACUUUUUCCACAUUUUGUUAUGUUACAGCCUUAUUCUAAAAUGGAUGAAAUAAAACAAUUUACUCACCAAUCGACACACAAUACCACAUAAUGACAAAGCGAAAACAGGUUUUUAGAAAUGUUUACAAAUGUAUUAAAAAUACAAAACAAAUACCUUAUUUACAUAAGUAUUCAGAUCCUUUGCUAUGAGACUUGAAAAUCGAGCUCAGGUGCAUUCUGUUACCAUUGAUCAUCCUUGAGAUGUUUCUACAACUUGAUUGGAGUCCAGCUGUGGUAAAUUCAAUUGAUUGGACAUGAUUUGGAAAGGCACACACCUGUCUAUAUAAGGUCCCACAGUUGACCGUGCAUGUCAGAUGAAAAACCAAGCCAUUAGGUCGAAGGAAUUGGCCGUAGAGCUCCGAGACAGGAUUGUGUCGAGGCACAGAUCUGGGGAAGGGUACCAAAAAAUGUCUGCAGCAUUGAAGGUCUUGGCCUUGAUUAUCCACUCAUCAGUAAAAGGCAAAAGACAGCCCGCUUGGGCUAUGGUGAAUCAUGGUGGUGGCAGCAUCAUGCUGUGGGGAUGUUUUUCAGCGUCUGGGACUGGGAGACUAGUCAGGAUUGAGGGAAAGAUGAACGGAUCAAAGUACAGAGAGGUCCUUGAUGUAAACCUGCUCCAGAGCGUCAGGACCUCAGACUGGGGCGAAGGUUCACCUUCCAACAGGACGGCAACCCUAAGCACACAGCCAAGACAACGCCGGACUGGCUUCGGGAUAAGUCUGAAUGUCCUUGAGUGGCCCAGCCAGAGCCCAGAACCCGAUCGAACAUCUCUGGAGAGACCUGAAAAUAGCUAUGCAGCAAUGCUCCCCAUCCACCUGACAGCGCUUGAGAGGAUCUGCAGAGAAGAAUGGGAGAAACUCACCAAAUACAGGUGUGCCAAGCUUGUAGCGUCAUACCCAAGAAGACUCGGCUGUAAUCGCUGCCAAAGGUGCUUCAACAAAGUACUGAGUAAAAGGUCUGAAUACUUAUGUAAAUGUGAUAUUUCAGUUUUUUCUUUUUAAGAAAUUUGCAAAAAUGUCUAAAAAACCUGUUUUUGCUUUUGUCAUUAUGGGGUAUUGUGUGUGUGUGUGUGUGUGUGUGUAGAUUAAUGAGGGGGGGAAAAAACAAUUUAAUAAAUUUUAGAAUAAGGCUGUAAUGUAACAAUGUGGAAAAAUUCAAGGGGUCUAAAUACUUUCUGAAUGCAAUGUAUAUAAGGAUAUGUACUGUACUUAUGAAUAGUAUGUAAAUAGUUUUUUGUCUCUUGGUGUCUUUCCAAUAUGUAACUCUUAUUUUAUUUUUUUUGCAUUUCAUGUAGUAUCUUAUGUUUUUCUUGUCUAGCUAUAACUGUUCUGUACUUUGUUGCGUAUUUGUACGUUUAAUGUGGACCCCAGGAAAAGUAGCGUCUGCAUCUGCAGUCGCUACUUGGGAUCCUAAACUAAACACUAAUUUCUCUCUAUCUCUCUCCAUUUCCCCUCUCUCCUCUCUCUCGCUUCUCUCUUUUCUACUCUCACUCUCCACUCUCACUUCCAGGCCAUUCACAAGGAGGAGCAGCCACAGUGUCACUACUACAUUAUAUUAUAUUAUUAUACACUUGACUGAGGGAUACUUGCCUGUGUCUGUUUAGGCUGUAUAGUGUUCCACUGGUUCACUCUGUCACACGCAUCCUUUUGGUCAAACUUUGGUCAAAGAUUUUGAACUGACUAGGUCAGACUGAGUGAAUAAUCAGAAGUCAAUGGUCUGUCCUGUUCAGUGAGUGACUUUGUUCCUCUGUCCCUCUGUGUCCCCCUGCAGGCGCACUGACGGAGUGUUAUGACGAGCUGGGGAACCGCUACCAGCUGCCAGUCUACUGCCUGUCUCCACCCGUCAACAUUAUCGAGGAGAAGAGUGACCUGGAGAGUCUGGAGGUCAGCGAGCCGCCCCCCAGCGAGGGCCAUGAGUGCCAGCUGCGCCUGCGCCUGUCCACGGGCCGGGACCUGCGCCUGGCGGUGAGGACCACGGACACGGUGCAGCACAUGAAGCGGCGGCUGCAGGCGGUGGAGGGCGUGGCGGCGGCCACCCAACGCUGGUUCUUCUCGGGCCGGCCGCUCACAGACAAGAUGAAGCUGGAGGAGCUGAAGAUCUCCAGGGACUACGUGGUGCAGGUGAUCGUCAGCCAGCCGCCCGCCCCCCUGCUCACCCAGGCACCGCCCGCCCCCACACCAGCCACGCCCGUCAUGCUACCCCAGGACCCAACGCCCGUGGAAAACUAG